AUGCCUGUCAAUCUCAGAAACUCGCCGCAGAACAGCGCCCCGGACCUCGCGCGCUCGCAGAGCAGCCGCCGCCCGUCCGCCGUGGCGCCCAAGAUGAGCGUAUCGAGCUCCUCCGACCAGCACACGCUAGAUAUCGUCUCCCGCAACCUGGUCAACCCGCCCGACAACCCUGCGGCCGCGUCGUUCAACCCGCUGCAGCUGCAAGGCGGCGACAUCACGCGCGAGCUGUACCGGUGGCAGGACCACAACCAGGAGCCUGGGUCCGAGUUCCCAGCCGGCAGGCUGGAGGCGCCCCGACACAGACGCUCCAUCAGUUUUUCCGGCAGCAUCACGUCGCAUGGGUCGCUCCAGCAGCCCGAGAUGUCCGCGGAGCAGAUUCGCGCGCCGCAGGGCUUCCGCCGCAGCUUUCUCGUCAACAAGAGUCUUCAGGAGAACAACGGCGUGCCUAACUUCAUGGCGCGCAACUUCUUCGAGUUUCUCACGCUGUAUGGCCACUUCGCCGGCCAGGACCUGAGCGAGGACGAAGACGAGGGCGAAGACCAGGACGGCGCCAUCGAGGACGAGGAAACGGCGCUGGUCGGCCGCCGCGCCAGGCACCGCAUCUCCCACCGCCAGCCGCAUAAGUCCUCGACCUUCAAGGCCGUGCUCCUGCUGCUCAAGUCCUUUGUGGGCACCGGCGUGCUGUUCCUGCCCCGCGCGUUCCACAACGGUGGCUGGGCGUUUUCCACCACUUGCCUGUUGGCCUGCGGUGUCAUAUCCUACUACUGUUUCGUGCUGCUCAUCAACACCAAGCUCAAGAAAAACGUCAACGGUUAUGGUGACCUCGGCGCCGCUGUGUAUGGCCGCAACAUGGAGCUCGCCAUUCUGGGUUCCAUCGUCCUCUCGCAGAUUGGCUUCGUGGCAGCCUACGCCGUGUUCACCGCUACCAACUUGCAGGUCUUCUUCUCCAGCGUGUUCCACUGGGAGGCCUCCAUGGUCUUCUGGCUUGCCGUCCAGCUUCUGCUUUACCUGCCUUUGUCGCUGACACGGAACAUCGCCAAGCUGAGCGGCACAGCUCUGCUGGCCGACCUUUUCAUCAUGUUUGGGCUGCUUUACGUCUACUAUUACUGCAGCAGAUACGUGGCUCACAACGGAGUCGCCUCUGACUCCAUGCUUGUUUUCAACAAGAACGACUGGACUCUUUUCAUUGGCACUGCUAUUUUUACCUACGAGGGAAUUGGGCUCCUCAUUCCAAUCCAGGAAUCCAUGAAGCACCCUGAGAAGUUCAACAAAUGCCUUCUGGGCGUUAUGGUUUCAGUAUCUAUAGCGUUUAUUCUUUGCGGGCUGUUGUGCUAUUCCGCUUUUGGCAGCUCUGUCGAAACCGUGAUCCUGCUGAACUUCCCUCGCAAGUCUGCUAUGACCGCUUCCGUUCAGCUUCUAUAUGCAUUGGCAAUUAUGCUGUCCACGCCCCUACAAUUAUUUCCUAUCAUCAGGAUCCUAGAGACGAGCAUCUUUCCAAAAAACGCAUCCGGGAAGUACAAUCCACGGGUAAAAUGGAUGAAGAACUAUUUCAGAAUCGGCAUUGUUCUGGCCAAUACGCUGAUCGCUUGGCUCGGUGCAAAUGACCUCGACAAGUUUGUUUCAAUUGUUGGGAGCUUCGCCUGCAUCCCCCUCAUCUAUAUCUACCCACCAAUGCUGCACUACAAAGCUUUUUCUAAUGGAGGAGGUUCCAAGCUCUCGUUGGGAUGUGACGUGGCUAUUGCCUCCUUUGGUGUUGCCGUGAUGACUUACACCACCUACCAGGCAGUACGUCUCUGGUUUAUUUAA